CACUUCCGGCAGCCUGGGUUUCUAUGAUGUCAUAUCGCAAAAGUUGCUCAAUGUUCUUCUUCUUGUUCUUCUUCUCCGAUGGACUUUGUCUUCGUGGUUAGUCUCUGGCAAUAGAAAGACACACAGGGGAGUUUCCUUUUACCUGACGUCUCUUACCUGGUGUUUUGAUUCUAAAGACACGAGAGUUGACUUAAUUAACGAUCUUCAUGAAACCAUCCAGUGUAAGAAAAUGGGUGAAUUGGCCAAGACUUUGGAGUAUCACAGUUUCCGAAGUACCAUUCCAUUAAAGAAGAUUGUUGUUGAUGAUGAUCAUCACAAGUCUUGGUCACUCUAUGAUGCAGGACCACGCAGUGUCCGUUGUCCAUUGAUCUUUUUCCCUCCAGCCAGUGGAACUGCUGAUGUUUUUUUCAAACAAAUUUUCGCCCUCUCAGCUGUUGGCUAUAGAGUAAUUGCUGUUGAUUAUCCUGUCUAUUGGAAUUUGAGAGAAAUAUGUGAAGGAUUUCAAAAACUUCUAGAUCACCUCCAACUUGAUAAGGUCCAUAUAUUUGGAGCUUCGCUUGGUGGUUUCAUUGCCCAGAAAUUUGCCGAAUACACUUCCCGUUCACCAAGAGUUGCCUCCCUUAUGCUUUGUAAUUCUUUCAAUGAUACUUCCAUAUUCCAACAGACGUCUGCUGCACCAACAUUUUGGAUGAUGCCUGCUUUAUUUCUGAAGAAGAUGGUUAUCGGUUCAUUCCAAAAAGGAAUGGUGGAUUCCAGUAUUGCUGAUUCCAUAGAUUUCCUUGUUGACAAACUUGAUAGUCUUCCACAGAAAGUAUUGGCUUCACGUCUCACACUAAACUGUAUGAGCAGUUACAUUGAACCACAGAAACUUCUUCCGGUUGACAUAACAAUUAUGGAUGUAUUUGAUCAUUGUGCCCUGUCACAAGCUGUCAAAGAUGAAAUGUACAAGUGCUACCCCAAUGCUAAGAGAGCCCAUUUAAAAUCUGGUGGCAAUUUCCCCUAUCUCAGCCGUAGUACCGAAGUGAAUGUCUUCAUAAAGGUACACUUACAGAAAUAUGAAGGUACAAAGUACAGUGCGAAGGAAGAUCUGGAGCUACCUGGUGAUGUCAUUCCAACUGAAAAUAAUAAAAAUACUUCUGAAGCCAGUGACCUGACUAAUGAUAAUCUAAACGAGGAUUUGACAGGUGACCAACCCAACAACAACACCUUGGAUUCUUGACCAUCUCCUCCUACUCCUCCUCGUCGGUGUAUUCCUUGUAGUCUCCCUUUGUGACUUGCCAACAAAUUCGUUGUCUUAACCGAACUGCCCUCUCCUUUCCCAGGGUUAUUUGGCAGUCGAUGUGCAGACCAGGUUGAAGAAUUUAAAACCAUAUACAAAGUAACCAAUCAUUCCUCUUUCUUCUUUUUUUUUUGUCUUUUAUUUGUUCUUAAUGCCAAAUUCUCACUCUUGUGCAGUGGGGCGGGGAACCACGGAUGAAUUGCAAGUGCACAUAAGAAUCUACAGUUGCACACCUGCACCAAGAAAAAAACAAAACAAAAUCAAAUCGUUAAUCUUACAGAUUCGCAGGUAUGCAACUUAACAUUAAAUUGACGUUCUGUUCUUUAAUUAAGGUCUGAACUAUUUUCUAACAUAAGUUUGUAGACGCUGGAAACUGUUUCAAAGGGUGGUUUCAAAUUUUAAUAUGUGCAAAUAUUGGCCACCACAGGCAUGAAGUUCCCCCCCACCCCUGCCUUAGAGGGACCAAAACCUGUAUACAGUGGUGUCUUUGUAUAUUUUAAUCUUAAGACUUUUUGUUUAUCUGAAUGUAUAGUCUCUUGUUAAAAUGUUUUGUGGUCAGCUUUCAUAUAAAUAUAUACAUACAUGCGAACAAUACACAUACAUACAUACAUAUAUAUAUA